AAAUGCCUGGAUUGUGGAAAAUGCUUCGGUUACAGUACAAACCUUACUUCUCAUAGAAAAAUUCACACAGGAGAAAAACCAUAUAAAUGCCUGGAGUGUGGGAAACACUUCAGUGAGAGUGGAAGCCUUAUUUCCCAUCGGAGAAUUCACACAGGAGAGAAACCAUAUAAAUGCUUGGAGUGUGGGAAAGCCUCCAGUCAGAGUAAAAAUCUUACUUCCCAUCAAAUAAUUCAUACAGGGCAGAAACCGUACAAAUGCCAGGAGUGUGAAAUAGCCUUCAGGCACAAUAAAAGCCUCAUAAUCCGAUCAAGGAAUACACAUGGGAGAAUACAUAUAAACUCCUUGAAUGUGGAAAAGGGUUCAGUGACAGGAGAAGGCUUCCUUCCCAUCAAAGAAUUUACAUGGUGAGAAAUGGUGUAAAUGUCUGGAGUUAAGUGAAAGCUGCUGUGAGAGUGGAAACUACCCAUCCAAAUUUUCACACCUUACAUGGAGAAACAAUAUAAUGCCUGGAGCAUGGAAAAAGGUCUCAGUUGGACUUUGCAUGUCAGAUAUCAAAUAAUUCACACAGGGAUGAGAUCAUAGUAAAUACAGCUGACCAGUCUCCAUCUUCAGCUGCAAUCUCCGAUAAAAUUUUCCUCAGGCAUUCCUGGAUGAAUGUAUCAAAAAAUUCAUAACUGCCUCUGAACCUGGCAGUUCAUUAGUUCACCUGAAGAUUUACAGCUCAAUCUAGGACUGAUGUGGAGGGGGCCAGCGCUAUUCCACCUGCUCCACAGCAGGGUUUUUUAAUUUAAAAAAGUCCAACUCCCCCAUAGGGGAGAAAAGGAAUACAUCACAGAAAUCGUGGUGUAUCUCCAGCAGCAGCUCCACUAGGAUACGGGGCCAAGAGGGGUCUGGAGGCCAGCUAAGGUCAAUCCCACUGCCUUAAAGGCUGGUGUAGCUGGGGGUGGUGUGCAAGUGCCGGUGCAGCUGGGCAUCACCCGUAUAAGUGCCCCCCCAAGAGGGCAUUUAUGCCAGCAGAAGCCCACACUGCAUCCAGAGGGGGAUUCACACACACACUCCCAGAUCGCACUGCCGUUACUCUUUAGUAUCAAGCAAGUGCUGUUAAAGACAUUCAAGAGAGAUGUAUUUGUCUUUCAGUCCCUUCACUCUAAUAAGUGACAUAUAAGGGUCUGAUCAGACUUUCUGCUGGAGGAGGAUUCCAGUUGAAGAAGAUAUUGCGUUGUGUUUAGCAACGUUUUGAGAAAUGCUGGAAAACCUGGGUUUUGUGGCAUGAUUUUUCUGCACUUGAAGCUGAAUUUUGCACUUAAGCAUAAUUUUCACCUAUUUAUAUUAGUUUUUACCUAAUAAAAAGAGUUCUGUUUUAUUUUAAAUGAAA